CAUGCGUGGAAGCACAGCGGGCUUCGUGGGCACGAUCUCCGGCCAGCCGCACUCGGACUCGCCGCUCUUACAAUGGGCAGACGUGCUCUUCUCCAGCGCAGUGGUCUCCCCCGCCUCCAUCGCCUACUGGAAGUCCACAUGGACGCUCAUGGACCUGUACAUCUAUCCAGAGGAUCCGCUGCUCAACGCGGCCGUCUGCACCGCAUUCGGAAUGUGCUUCAGCGUGUUCUUGUGUUUUUUCCAAUUCCACCUCAGCAAAUAUAUCAGCCCGGAUAGGGGGAGGGUGACAUAUUACGUGUUGUCGAGGUUGUACAGUUGUGUGGCCGGGGUGACGUGUAUCGCGGCGGUGAAGGGUGUGUGGAACCUGAUGGACGAGUGCUCGGGGGACGGAGUGUCUUCUGUAAUGUGGACGACGGCUGCAGCGAUCCUUGCGCUGGCGGCUCUCAGGACCCUAAGGAACAUCUGCGCGAUACCCUUCGUGGUGGUGAUCGACUCGCCGAGGGACCACUUCGAUGUGCCCACAUUCUUCAGAAAGAGUACGAGAGAAACAAUGCUCUUCAUCCUAGAUUGCAUCUUCUCAGUGGUGGUGGUGGGCUGGCUCGUGAUCUGCGUGUGGCGCGGCGUCUGGGCUAUGUCCGACUGGCUCUUCUACCCGGAAGACCAACUCAAGUCACUCAUUGCUUCUUUGGUGCUGGGCUACGGCAUCACGAUCCUGACAUUCGGGCUGGAGGCGCCGAUGCGGUGGGCGGCCACCAAGCUGGACGGCGCUCCCAAGCUGCUGCUGGCCGACCUGUACAACCUGGUCUCAUUCGUGGCCACUAUCAACGUCUGGCGGGGAUAUUGGAUUUUCCUUGACGAUUAUUUCUUUCCUGAAUAUCCAGAGAUCGCCAAUUGGGCCACACACUUCGUCAGUUUAGUAGUCCUCGUACUGCUAAACUGUUUUAACACAGUUCUUGUCAGAGGAGUAUACUUCGAUGCAGAGGAACCAGAGGAUGAAUGCAUGGUGUUCCCUUGCCAUUAUAUCCGGAUAUACUACCACAGAAGAAAAAUGAGAAAGAAGUUCAGAAACGCCAUUAAUAAUGCAGAGAAAAAUAAGUUACAAGAAUCUAGUGUACCAUUACAAAUAGAUGUAGAGAAAUAAUUUUAAGUAAA